UUUGUCCAGUUCCUGUAUUAAUAGCUGCCUUGGCAAGUGGGAGACGAUGAGGUCAUUAAAUGAGUGCUGAGGGUGCUCUCGUCUCUGAAGCAAGUGGGAAGAUUUUGCUGAAAGAAUGGCUUUUCAUAAGAGCCCAGAGGCGUAUUAUCGGUUCCCGGAGCGUACGAUGAGCGAGAGGCUUGACUGUCACUAUUGUAAGGAAUCGCUGCACGGCAGCAAGUACAUUGAGAAGGACAAGCUGCACUGCUGCCUCAAGUGUUACGACAAGUUCAUCGCCAACACUUGCUUCGUCUGCAGGAAACCCAUUAGCUUUGAUUCCAAGGAGUUACAUCACGGUGAUCACUGCUGGCACGAAUCGUGUUUCCGCUGUUUUCACUGCAGUCGCUCUCUCGCCAACGAUUCAUUCUGCAUCAAAAACGAGAGGAUCACCUGCACCAAGUGCUUACCUCGGACUGAUAGCUCGACCUGUCACAGCUGCAGGAGACCCAUCAAACCAGGGACGAAGAGUUUUGAGUACGGGGGCUCACACUGGCACGAACGCUGCUUCACAUGCAGCCGCUGCCUCAAGGAGAUCGGCACUUCCAGCUUUGUCCCAAAGGGAGACGAGAUCUACUGCAUCUCCUGUAAUGAGAAGAAAUUUUCCAAGCACUGUGUCCACUGCCGAAAGGCCAUCACCAGCGGAGGACUGACCUAUCGCGAUGAGCCUUGGCACACAGAAUGCUUUGUGUGUAAGACAUGCCGGAAACAGCUGAGUGGUCAGCGAUUCACUGCACAUGAGAACUUCCUCUACUGUGUCGACUGCUACAGUAACUUCAUUGCCAAGAAGUGUGGUGUUUGUCACAAGCCUGUGACUGGAUUUGGAGGGGCUGAGGUUGUAACCUAUGAAGAACGUCAAUGGCACAGCGACUGCUUCAAGUGCAAGAAGUGUUACAGCUCCCUUGUCAACAAGCGCUUUGUUACCCACGCUAGGGACGUGUACUGCCCUAACUGUGCGAAGUCCCUGUAAAUCCCAGCUCAUGCCACUCAGUAACGCAAAACACUCGAAGGGUACUUGCUGUUCAGAUCCAUUAAACUGUUAUUGCAAAGCUUUAGAAAGUAACCAAAUGCUUUUAAGGCAGUACACUAGCACUUGCUUGCAAUCGUUUCAGAAGUUCUUUACUAUGACAGUAGUAUUUCCAGCAAUGCUAAUACUAACCUCCAGCAUGGAAAGUAGCUAAAGGUUUCAAAUAAAAUCUUGAGUUAAUUCAAAUGCCUGCAAACAAUUUGUGACUUUAUAAAUGAGCUUCUUAAAACUGUAAAAAUAAUAAAAAGCUUGAAUAAUACUUAAUCAUAUACAAUGCUUUUGGCUCUGUAUUACCGAGGUAUUUGACUGCAUGCAUUACUCACCCAGGCAUCUUGUCACUUCAGGGGUUGGUUUUUCUCUUGCAUUGAAAUCUACUGGUUUAAAACUUAAAUCAAUUUCCAUCCCAUAUACCAUACGCAGGAUGCUGCGGAACUACGAUUGCUUGAGACAUUUUCGUAUAUGACGUGGAUCACAUACAAUUCAAGCUGUAUCAGGCUUCCAUGUUGAUACUGAAAUGUUCUUCCAUGGUGUUACUAAACAAUUUAGAUAGCAGACUGAUGUUUUUUUAAAUCCAGCCUCAAAACAAUUAAUGUUUUAAACACACAACUGUGCAGGUGUGAAUGUUCUUGUUUAUAUUCCAGUGAAUACACAUUUGUUCAUUAUGCACCUUUGGAUUUGUUUGCACACUAAUGAUAGUUAGACUCCAAUUUACUGUUGCUUUUGCAAUGACUAACCAUGUUUGCCAUGUGGAAAUAUGUAAAUGGAAUAGUGUGUGACCUCAUAGCAUGCGGGGUCACUAUCCAAUUCAGUACUUGGACAAUCAAUGAAUUAUUUGCAGCAUGAUGACACUGUACCUUAAUAAAAAGCUUUCAAAUCUCCA